AUGGCAGGUGAGCUCUGUGCGAGAAUGGGAACUGGGUUGUGCACAAGACCAGGCAAGCUGUGGAAGAAGAUGGAGGGAAGCUUAAACGAAGCGGUGUCGAAGAGCCUGGUUGGCAAGUAUUUCAAGUUGGAAGCAAGGAAGAGCUGUUUCACUAGGGAACUCCGUGCCGGCACGGCCACAUUUCUGACCAUGGCCUACAUCAUCACCGUCAACGCCACCAUCUUGGCGGACUCCGGUGGGACGUGCUCGGUGUCCGACUGCUCGGUGCCGGCUAACCAGACGGCAGCAGGUCCAGACUGCAUGCUGAAACCUAAUGCCGGGUACCAGAACUGCCUCUCCAAAAUCAAGAGUGACCUCAUUGUGGCCACUGCCUUGUCGUCUAUGAUUGGGUCAUUUGCUAUGGGUAUUUUGGCCAAUUUGCCUUUGGCAUUGGCCCCCGGUAUGGGCCCAAAUGCUUACUUGGCCUACAACUUAGUGGGCUUCCAUGGGUCUGGGCCCAUGUCGUACCAGACGGCUCUAGCCGUGGUCUUGGUAGAAGGCUGUGCUUUCCUUGCAAUCGCCGUUUUCGGGCUUCGUGCAAAGCUGGCUAGGCUCAUACCUAAUUCGGUCCGGCUGGCUUGUGCUGCCGGUAUCGGGCUUUUCAUAGCCUUCGUGGGCCUGCAGGCCCACCAAGGUCUAGGCCUAGUGGGCCCUGAUCCGGCCACGUUGGUGACCGUCACGGCUUGUGCGAGUACCGAUCCGGUCACCGGAGAGUGCCACGGCAGGAAGAUGGAAAGCCCGACGUUUUGGCUCGGCUCGGUCGGAUUCCUAAUUAUGAGUUAUGGGCUAAUGAAAGAGAUCAAGGGUAGUAUGAUAUAUGGUAUGGUUUUUGUGACAUUAAUUUCAUGGAUUAGGGGCACUGCUGUGACCUCAUUUCCUAACACUCCACUUGGUGACACAAACUACAAGUAUUUCAAGAAAGUGGUAGAUUUCCACAAAAUCAAGUCCACUGCUGGGGCUAUCAGCUUCACUAACUUCAAUAGAAGUGAGGUUUGGGUGGCCCUAGUGACCUUGCUAUAUGUUGAUGUGUUAGCUACCACAGGCACAUUGUACACCAUGGCAGAAAUUGGAGGGUUUGUGAAUGACCAAGGAGGUUUCGAAGGGGAAUAUGUAGCCUACAUGGUGGAUGCAUCCUCUACGGUUGUGGGGUCCGCGCUCGGGGUUUCACCGAUCGCCACGUACAUCGAAUCAACGGCGGGGAUCAGGGAAGGGGGCCGGACAGGAUUAACGGCUGUGAUCGUCGGUGCAUAUUUCUUUUUGUCACUGUUUUUCACUCCUCUGCUGACUAGUGUGCCACCAUGGGCCAUAGGCCCAUCUCUAGUCAUGGUUGGGGUGAUGAUGAUGAAGGUGGUCAAGGAUAUAGAAUGGAGCAAUAUGAAGGAGGCAGUGCCUGGUUUUGUUACAAUGCUUCUCAUGCCACUGACUUAUUCGAUAUCGAACGGAAUCAUCGGUGGGAUAGGGCUCUACAUUGCACUUGGUUUGUGUGAUUAUGUUGUGGGGUGGCUGAUCAAGAUGAAAAAAAUGGUUGGGAAACAAAAUCAAGUGUCAGCUACAGCAGCUCCAGAACAAAUUGUUGAAAUAAUUUGAGUAUCUAUGUAGAGUUCAGUAGGUGCUGUUAUAAUGUAACUAGAACUCCUUUUUGUUCAGAAUGUCGUAUGUUUGAUGUAAUGGAAAUAGAUGCACCAGCUACCAUGAGAGUUAGCAUAUUCCAUACAGACACACACA